AUGUUUCCCAAGCUUCAUGAUGUGUUUCUUUGUGAGCAAAACUGGUGGUGUCAGUCAGAGUUUGUUCCAACAGUCACACCUAGUUCUUUCCCUGCUUCCGCUUGGGACAUCGGAGACAGAAUAACGGAGCCAAGUGUCAGCCUUACGCAAAGCACACUCUGCCAUCGUUGGAACCAAGUUCCAUCCAUGUGGCUCCUUCUUCACAUGAAGUAUCGAGCUAUCAGGCUACGGGUUCUUCAACACAGACACACCUGCGAUAUUUCCUUAAUGGCUGACCCUUCAUGGCCACGAUGGUAUUAUUUGCUUCCCCAUUUGUCUCAUGAUUGA